GUACCCACUGCCGUCUAAAACCCCAAAAACCCAUAAUUACCUCGAAAAACCUUGUAAACCCUCUCGAUCGCCGAUCCAAAGGCGCCAACAAUCUCCAAAAUGACCGCCGCGUCCCCGUCCUCUCUCUCCGCUCAUCUCGCUCUCGUCACCGUCCUCUCCUUCUCCUCUCUCUUCUUCUUCUACAAAUCUCGCCGCCUCCGAACUCAACGCCUCUCCUCCCCCCGAAACCCUAACCCUAACCCUAACCCUAACCCUAGAGGCAAGCUCUUCUUCGCCUCUCAAACCGGCACCUCCAAAACCCUGGCCGCUCGCCUCCUCGACCUCCUCCAGUCCAACAGCAUCCCCUUCGACCUCGUCGACCCUAAAACCUACGAGCCUGAGGAUCUCCCCAAAGAAACCCUAGUUUUGUUCGUAGCCUCCACAUGGGAGGACGGAAAGCCCCCGUCUAAUGCUCAGUUCCUCGCGCAGUGGCUCGCGGAGAGCGCUGAGGACUUUAGGGUUGGCUCUUUGAUUCUGUCAAGAUGUAAGUUUGCGGUGUUUGGGGUUGGAUCGAGGGCGUAUGAUGAGAGGUUUAAUAAAGUCGGGAAGGAUUUGUCGUUGUGGAUGAGAGCGCUCGGGGCGGCGGAGCUGGUUCCGGUGGCGGAGGGAGACGUGGAUGGAGGGGAUUUGGAUGUGAGAUUUGGGUUGUGGAGUGAGAGGGUGGUUAAAGUUUUGAAGGGGGAAGGGGGGGACGAUGGGGUUGAGAGUGAUGUGUUUGAUGUGUUGGAAGAAGAGGUAGAAGAUGAAGAUGAUGAUUAUGAUGAUGAAGAGGAUGAGGAAGUUGAAUCUGAAGCAGUCGAUAUGGAGGAUAUUGCGGGUAAAGCUCCUUCGAAAAAAUCGGGUUCUGGUUUGGCGAAUGGUGACAAUGGUGCAAGAGAGAAGAGCUCAGAGAAUGGGUUUAGAGAGAUGGUGACGCCAGUUGUUAGAGCGAGCUUGCAGAAGCAGGGAUACAAGAUUAUUGGCUCACAUAGCGGAGUUAAAAUUUGUAGGUGGACCAAGUCACAACUUCGAGGUCGUGGGGGUUGUUACAAACAUUCAUUUUAUGGCAUAGAGAGCCAUAGGUGCAUGGAGGCAACCCCAAGUUUGGCUUGUGCAAAUAAAUGUGUUUUCUGUUGGAGGCAUCAUACGAAUCCUGUAGGAAAAAGCUGGCGAUGGAAGAUGGAUGAUCCUCUGGUGAUUGUAAAUGCUGCAAUAGAUCAGCAUACUAAAAUGAUAAAGCAAAUGAAAGGUGUUCCUGGAGUUACUCAGGAGCGAUUAUCAGAAGGUCUUUCUCCACGACAUUGUGCAUUGUCUCUUGUUGGUGAACCGAUUAUGUAUCCAGAGAUAAAUUCACUUGUUGAUGAGUUACAUCGAAGGCAUAUAUCUACUUUUCUUGUAACAAAUGCCCAGUUUCCUGAAAAGAUAAAGGCAUUAAGACCUAUUACCCAGUUAUAUGUGAGUGUAGAUGCUGCUACAAAAGAAAGCUUAAAAGCUAUUGACAGACCACUAUUUGGAGACUUCUGGGAGCGUUUUAUUGUGAGUACUUUUUUAUGUUACAUAUAUAUUGUUGCAAUGUAUUUGGAUGAGGUCUUUAUACUAUGAGUGCGAGUCAUUGGU